AUACAAACUUCGUGAUGAUGCUCGCACAUCUGAUCUGACCUUCUUGGGAAAAACACUCUUAACGCAUAAGCUUGAUCAUGUCUGCUGUCGUCGAAGAGUCAGCGCCCGCCCAAGCGCCUGCUCCAGCGGAGAAAAAAGCUAAACCUGCCGUGACUGCUUCUCCAGCUAAAAAGAAGAAAAAGAAGAGCAAGGGCCCCGGGAAGUACAGCAAGCUUGUCACUGGUGCCAUCCGUACUCUGGGCGAGAAAAACGGCUCGUCGCUUUUCAAGAUCUACAACGAAGCGAAGAAAGUGAGCUGGUUUGACCAGAAGAACGGACGCAUGUAUCUGCGCGCCUCCAUCCGCGCGCUCGUGCUCAACGACACGCUCGUGCAGGUGAAGGGAUUCGGAGCCAAUGGAUCCUUCAAGCUCAAUAAGAAGAAAGUUGAGAAAAAGCCAAAGAAAGCUGCCUCAAAAAAGGCGACCAAGAAGACGGAGAAGCCGACCUCCAAAAAAGCCGUGAGCAAGAAAGUGAGUGUAAAGAAGAGCACCAAGAGCCCUGUUAAGAAGAAAACCCCAAAGAAGACGAGUGUGAAGAAGGCGACCGCCAAACCCAAGAAAACUGCUGCAAAAAAGCCAAAAGCUGCCGCCAAGAAGCCGACGAAAUCAAAAUAGACUUUCUGACGAAGAUGAGAAUUAUAUUUUUACAGCCUAUUUAGUGUCUUUGCAAGACAAACCAGACGAUUUUAUUUUUGAUAUUCAUGUUGACAUUUAGGGGCUGAUGUAUCUUCUAUAAACAUUUUAUAAGCUGCAAUCAUGCUUUCUCUGAAAUGCAUUUUAAUAUUUUGUUUGCUACACUGAACAGAAUAGUUACUGGCAGUAAUCUAAGAGCACUGAUAGUAUUUAAGUUAACAUUAACAGUGUUUUUGCUUAUUUCAUUUGCAAAAUAUGUUUUUUUUUUCUUCAUAUACAAUGUUACUGAACUGCAAAAUGUCCAGUGAACCAGUUUUUUUUAAACAUGUUCGUGCAUCCUUUUGCGCCGCAUGUAAAACAGAGAUGCCUGGCCUGUUUAUUUAUUCCAGAUUUAUGAUUAAAUGUAUCUUCAUUGCCAUAUUUUACCAGUUUUACACUAUCAGUCAACAGUCUGGGGUCAGUUUUUGUUUUCAUGUUUGUUUUUUAAGAAAAUUAUUCUGUUCAUCAAGGCGACAUUUAAUGUAAAAGUUUUUUUUUUUUAUAUUUAUUACAAUUAUAAAUAACUGCUUUCUUAUUGUAUGUAGUUUCAAAUGGAAUUAUUACUCCAGUCAUUAUUACUAUUAGCAUUAUUAAUAUUAAUAGAGUGAUUUCUGAAGCAUCAUGUGACUGUGAAGACUGGAGUAAUGAAGCUGAAAAUUAAUCUUAAAAAUCACUGGAAUAAAUGAUUAAAUUAGAUGAUAAACUACUUUUGAACAGUUAUUUUAUAGUGCAAUAACAAUUUUACAAUUUGUACUGUAUUUUUGAUUAAGGAAAUGCAGCCUUGGUGAGCAGAAUGAGCUUAUUUUAAAAGAUUUAAAAAUCCUACAGACCCCAAACUUUUGACCAGUAGUGUAUACAAGACAUAAUUAAAGAUUUGGUAUCUAAUGAUUGUUGUGGAACAACUGAAGUGAUUCUUCCUCCAAACUAAUACCUUUGAGGAUAUGGCAAAGUUUUGAAAACAACACGAAAUGUGAAUUAAUGAUGAAUUAAAAAUUUCAUACUGCUGACACUUGGGAAAUGUCAAAUGUGUGACUUUUAUAUAUCCAAAUUAUUUGUACAGAAAUUAAAUAUUAAAACACUUUCCAUGUAAAAUAAAGUACACAUCAGCUAAAGACGAGACAUCACCAUUUUUGGUGUCCAGCUCAACGUGAAUUUAUAAAUGUGAUUUUGUAAGAAAUAAAACACAGAUUAAAUAA